AGCUGUAAAUUCUGUUUUAUGAAGUCAUAAACAAAGGCUAUUACCACAGAUAUACGUAAACUGUGCUAUUACUUUUCAUAUAAUGAUCCAUUUUUUGGCAUGCUUUCAAAUGUAGACAAGUACGUAAUUUCAUGGCUACAAACUCAAAUCUGGGUUUGAAAUGAUGACAACCUAAGACCAAGACAUUGAAGAGAUUUCAACUUUCCCAGAAAAUUGCACGAAAUUUGCUAGCGUUUAGGCAACCCAAAUUGCAGAGAUAUACAAAAUUCGUCUCAGCAUGACUUCGAAAGUGACUCGCUCUCAAAGUUACGUUUCCAUCAAUGUAGCAGAAAAUACAAACUCACUGAAACGAAGUCGCUUUCAUAUAUUUGUUCGUAAGGUUUCCAAUCAGAAAUCCAGCAAACCGAAGGAGAAGCGCCUUAGUAGAGCAGAUCUGGUACGUUUAUUCUCGCUUGCCAAGCCAGAAGCGUGGAAACUGAUGGGUGCCGUGUGCUUGUUAUUCAUUUCAAGCGCCGUGACAAUGGCCGUACCUUUCACUUUAGGGAAAGUACUUGAUAUUAUAUACACCAACAGUGACAAUGUAGAAGAGGCGCGUAGUAAGAUGAAUCGUUUAUGUGGAAUUUUAAUUGCGGUUUUUAUUGUCGGAGGUAUUUGUAAUUUCGGACGGGUUUACAUUAUGUCGACAUCAGGGUACAGAAUGACGCAGUCGUUACGGUUGAGAGUCUUUUCUUCAGUUUUAAAACAAGAGCAGGGAUGGUUUGAUACGCGACCUACAGGCGAACUGAUAAAUCGCCUAUCAUCGGAUACUCAGAUCGUAGGCCAAGCUUUAACCACCAAUAUUUCUGACGGGUUGAGAUCUACAAUUAUGGUUCUGGCUGGUAGCGGAAUGAUGUUUUACAUGUCGCCCGAGUUGGCGCUGGUGGGUUUGGCCAUUGUUCCGCCUGUAGCAGUUCUUGCUGUUAUAUAUGGGAGGUUUGUGAGGCGAAUAACGACAAAUGUUCAGGAUACGCUAGCAGGGGCCACGCAGGUGUCCGAGGAACGUAUAUCAAACAUAAGGACUGUGAAAACGUUCAGUAGGGAAUCCAGAGAAAUUGAAACGUAUACUAAAGCUAUACAGGAAGUUCUCAAAUUGGGGUACAAGGAGUCUAAAGCUAGAGCGUUCUUUUUUGGCAUGACUGGCUUUAGUGGUAAUAUAAUAAUAAUAUCAGUUCUAUAUUAUGGAGGUGUAAUGGUUUCCUCUCAAGCCAUAACAGUAGGAAACUUGUCAUCGUUUCUCUUAUACGCCGCGUAUAUCGGCGUUUCGGUUGGAGGACUUUCAAGUUUCUAUUCGGAACUAAAUAAGUCGGUAGGCGCGGCUACUCGACUAUGGGAGCUCGUGGAUAGAGAACCGCUGAUCCCCUUGCACGAUGGGUUACAUCCGCUGUCUCCACCACAGGGUCAUAUCACGUUCAAAAAUGUCGAAUUUAGCUAUCCUUCACGUAACGACAUUAAGGUACUAAAUGAUCUGAUUUUGGAUGUAACUCCCGGACGUACCUUGGCCGUGGUGGGACCUAGCGGUUCGGGAAAGAGUACUCUGGCCGCUUUACUGUUGAGACUGUAUGAUCCUGAUAAAGGUGUGGUCUACUUAGAUGGCGAAGAUGUUAAACAAUUAGAUCCGUCGUGGUUACGAAGACAUAUUGGAACAGUCAGCCAAGAGCCCACGCUGUUUUCAAGCAGCAUUCGCGAAAACAUUUUGUAUGGUGCCGAAGAGCCGGAUAAGGUUACAGAAGAACAUUUUAUGCAAGUAGUAAAAGAGGCUAAUGUGUACGAAUUCGUUAAACAAUUGCCACAAGGAUUUGACACCGUCGUUGGGGAAAGAGGCAUUAUGUUAAGUGGUGGGCAAAAGCAAAGAGUGGCCAUCGCCAGAGCUCUUAUUAAAAAUCCGAAGAUUUUGCUGUUAGAUGAAGCAACCAGUGCUUUAGAUGCGCAAUCUGAAUACCUCGUACAGGAAGCUUUGGAGAGAGUAAUGAAGGGAAGAACAGUGUUGACAAUUGCUCAUCGUCUUUCAACAAUUCAAAAUGCAGAUUUAAUCGCCGUUCUUCAAGAUGGACAGGUGGUGGAAAAGGGAACUUAUCAUGAUUUGAUGCAGUGUGACAAGGGACCAUUUAGGGAACUCAUUAAACAUCAGACCUUUCAAGAAGCAUCAUGAGAUUUGCUUUUGUAUAGUUUAUUUCUUGUUACACAAAGUAUAAAUUAUUAAAUCUUUUGUUGAAUA